AUGUCUCAAAGUCCGAGUCCACCAGCACCAAUUAUAACAUCGAUGGAAACUGUGGAAAUCGAAUUUUCGGCAAAAGUAUUCACUGGAUUUCAAUUGUUCUAUGGAGUUCCUUCUUUUAUUAUCAUGAGUGUUUUGUUUCUACAUUUGGGCUCUCGCAAACAUUAUACCAAUUCGUUUUAUCGGCUAGUACAGGUGGAUUUGCUUACAAACAUGAUAAUCUACGCGAACACGUGGACCGCAAUUAGGCUCGAAAAACAGCCAUCGUGUAUUUUCCUUUUAAAAUUGGUGGAAUAUUAUAUCCCGUCGUUCUUGUCCUGGUCUAAAUACCUCACAUUUUUCUUCAAUAACAUGCAAUUCUUGUUAGCGGCCGUUUUGAAUGUUCAUCGGAUUUCUUCGGUUUUGUACCCGAUGAGUUGUGAGAGGUUCUGGUUUCGCUACUACGUUCUAGUAUCGUUUGGCUUCUGUAUCUACAGCUAUCUUCCUCGCUUUUUGUGGGCUUCCAAAUUCACAAUUGAAGUCAAUAUUGUCAAUGGAACACUGACAAAAUUCCGGUAUCCCGAUGUCAUGGAUCAAGCCAUAAACGUUACUGCAAUUUUCAAUUUAAUUUAUUUCACAGCAAUUAUAAUAAUUGGUUUGACAACUGUGCUUUUGGUGUCGAAUAAGGUGAAAGUGAUCUCCCAGGCGAACAGUUUGGUUAAGCGGAAGUUGACAAAAAUUGCCAUGACAUAUUGUUUAGUUUUUGCUGUUCAACUCGCCUGGACAACAGUAAACAGUUUGAACUCCUACGUUAAGUUCAUACCGGAUAUAAUAUUGAAUGUUAAUACAUAUAUUCUUUCAAUUGUCUCUGAUCUGAUAACUUUGGCGCUUCCUUGGAUUUUGAUAAUACACGAUGGAAAUGUACAAAAAGAUAUUCUGGGCAAAAAGAAACAACAAGGGACGAUAGUAGUUGUGUCUUCAGCAGCCUAA